CUAAACAUUUGAUCAAAGUAGCUCUCAGCUGAGUUUUCUUAUUUCCGAAACAACGAGUAUUAUUGUUUCGUCAAAAUUGUAAAGAGUUUAAGCGAGCUUCAGGAUUCAUUUGGCAUUUGUGGUGCAAUAGAAAAAAUAUCACAGCCGGAGAUGGACAGGCCUAUUCCGAUGUCGAUGGUGCCCACCAAUCUCAACCCCAUUCUCCAUUCCCGACCCCUCCCGAUACCCGUAGCUAAACCCAAUUCAUCCAAGGCCAAAGCAAUAGAGAAUGAACCGCUGAAUACCGUUUUGGUUAUUAGCAAAGAAAAGGUGCCUCCGCCGGCAUCCACAUGGUUGAUUCCUCUUCAGCGGGCAAUGGGUGAAGUACGUCAGGCUAUCCAAGCACAACCCCAAGCCAGUGACUGUCGUCUGCUGAUCUUUACGGCGGCGGCCAGCAGUGAGGAACACGAGAGAACCCUCAUUCCGGUGCCCCCUCAAUUUAGGUCAAGUUCAGGAUCCGGCUGUCAAGUGGAACGACUACGUCGCUCAGUUGCUGACAAUUGGCCAUCCUGCCGAUUAAUGUUAGAUAGUCCCAGUGCCGAUGAGCAGUACGCCGACUUGACCCCAGAUGACGUGGAUGCUAUACAUUUGCUGCACUGGCUCCUGGUGGCCACACCAUCAUCGCCAAUAUUGCGUCGUAUGUCGCGGUUGCAUUUGCGAAGACUUUGCCGCGUUUUGGGUCUGGCACGUCCCACCUUGGAUCCCGGCCAUCUUCUAAGCAUCAGCUAUGAAAAAAUUGACCACCAAAUUGGAGAACCAAGUCCAAAGCCCAGCUACGCAUUUUUAGGCCUACCAUUUAAAUAUGUUUAUCGUUUCCUGGCAACUAGAUCCCUGGAUCAUCCUGCUGGUGAACCCAUUCGCUUAUAUGCCCAACCGGAAACGGCCUUGGCUCAUUGCGAAGAUCUAGUUCCGGUGCCGGAGGUACAGCAAGUCGAACAAGGGGCGGAGCAAACCUCGCCCUCUCAAUCCGCAGCAGAAAAAGAAAAUUCAAAUAGUCCGUUGUGUUGGACGAACUCUAUACUCUCUUCACCGCAAAGGGCAUUGGUAAUUUGUGAACUGCCCUCGGAGUUAGAUGAAUCAAUUGCACGUUCACCAAAGAAUCACUUUUUGGAAUACUUUGUUCAAGAAUCAGUGGGCUUGAGACCCUGCUAUCUGCUUCUCUUCGACGAGUCGGUAGCCUCUAAAAUAAGGUUUGCCUGGCCAGGAAACCGCAUCGAGGUGGAGAGCACUGGUCCAUCGCUAGUGCAAAGAUCCCGUGACAGAAUUUCGGGAUGGACAAGGUAUCUGGGCAACCGCUUGGGAGCUCUUAAGCGGACUUUAGCAGCUCCGUAGAUCCCUAUGGAAGUAUAUGGGGAUAUUUCGUCCCCUUAAUCUAAGCCAGAUGGGGUCGUACUUUUAAAGUAUUGGAAGCGCUGACUUCAGCAAACUGGAGUUACUAAAUGUUUCGGGUUUCAAUACCAUUAUCAAACAAAUAUUUGCUUAAAUUUAGUUGCCUUAAUACUGGUUCAAAUAUAAUUCCAUCUAGUUAUAUGUA